UCUUUUUCAAACAUUCCAUAUUUAAAAAAUUUUGUUCGGACAUCCGUGAAAUGUUUAAAUUUCUGUUUUUCUUAACAAUUUUCACACUAUGUGACAUUUUGCAAGCUGUGGAAACUGACAAAAUGAUCAACUGCUACUAUGGCUCUUGGAAUCACAAUGAUCAAUUUCGAAAGCAUCUGGAGCCCAAGGAUAUUAAUCCGUAUCUGUGCACUCAUAUCAGUUAUGGUUUCUUUGGCAUAUCUAGCGUGGGAGCCUUUACUGUUUUAGAUAUAAAUCGCGAUCUCAAUUUGGGUUAUCUUGAUCACACUCUUGCCUUGAAAUGGAGAAAUCCCGAAUUGAAAAUGAUUGCUGUUGUUGGUGGUCCUAGUGUUAGUUCCAAACUCUUCUCUCGUGUGGCUGCAAUGCCCGAUUUAAGAUCCACUUUCCGCCAUACAGCAUUGGCGUUUUUACAAGCCCAUGGUUUUGAUGGCCUCGAUUUGCAUUGGUUGUACCCUGGUAGCGAAGGCAUGUCGGGAGAUUUUGGUUAUUUUGUUACACUCUUGAAGGAAUUGAAGGAAGCCCUUUCACCCUUGAAAAUGGAGUUGGGUAUAUCAGUGAGUGGUAAGGUUAGCAUCGCCCGCAAUUGGUAUGAUAUACCCAACAUAGUGAAAUAUGUGGAUUUUAUUAAUGUCAUGGCCUACAACUACACCAGUGGCAAUAGGCUGACACAUGAUGCUCCGCUUUUUGGACGGGGCGAUGACAAUGUGGAAGCUACUAUAAAUUUUUGGAUUGACAAAGGAGCCCCUGCCUCUAAGCUUAACUUGGGUGUAGCAUUUGUGGCACACAGCUAUAUUCUAUGGGAUUCCCAGGAUAUUCGCACAGAAACUGCCGUCGAUACUGAAUGGCCUUUUUCCAGUGUUGAGCCCGAGUUCAAACCCUAUGGUCAAAUAUGUCACAUUGAAUAUAUGAAAUUGAUAUUUAAUACCUCCUACGGUUUCGAUGGUGAGGUAGGAGCAAGUUUUGUACAAGAUCAAGUUACUUGGACCAGCUAUGAGUCGCCUCGUAGUCUGGAAAUGAAAAUGGACUUUGUUCUUCAAGAGCGGCUGCGUGGUGUCAUGAUUUGGUCUUUGCAAAAUGAUGAUUAUCUGGGUAAAUGCUAUGAGGAUUAUGCCAUGUUGCAGGUGAUAAAUCGGAAACUGGAUAAUCGCUUUCAAUGUCAGCCGAAUAUUUGUUGUAUAAAGUCUAUAAAGUUAAGAAAUUUUUGUUUUAAAAUUAACGAGGGGCAGUGGUCGCACAAUGGGCUGGACUGGCCUUCGCGUGAAUUUAUCUUUCGGGUUCAUACUUGUUCUGUGGAAAAGAAUUCUUCCUCCUAUAGUAAAAUGAACCAAUUGAUUUUUCUUCUUAUAACUCUGGCUCUUUGUGGCCUUUCAGAGACUGUAAUAACAAAUAAAAUGAUCAAUUGCUACUAUGGCGUAUGGUCAUUCAAACGCCCCACUGGUGCCAGGCUAGGACCGGUGGAUAUUGAUCCGUAUUUGUGUACUCAUAUCAGCUAUGCCUACUUUGGCAUCUCCGAUGAGGGUUUGUUCACUGCUUUACAGCCCAAACGGGGUUUGCUGAAUCGUACCAUUAACUUGAAAUGGAGAAAUCCUGAACUGAAAUUAAUAGCCGUUUUCGGUGGUCCUGAAGUAGACUUGCAGCAUUUCCUUAAAAUGAAAUCUUAUGAUUGUAAAAAAUUUUUAAUUUUUCGAGAUUCUAUGUCAUCAUUUCUGCUAGAGAAUGGAUUUGAUGGUGUAGACUUACAUUGGCUAUUGGAAAAAAGUGGGAAUGAGUUACCGCAAAAAAAUGAAUUCACUGAUAUGUUGCGAGGUUUUAAGCAGGGAUUAGCUGGCAUUGGCCUUACGGUCGGUGUUACAGUAAGUGGUGAAAUAAGCUAUGCUCGCAUGGCUUAUGAUGUCAAAGCUAUUGCCAAAAUUGCGGACUACAUCAACAUUAGAAGUUACAAUUACAGUCACGAUACCUGGGCAACACAUGACGCUCCCCUCUGGGGAACAGAUGAAUACAAUGUAGAUCGAACAAUUCAAUAUUGGCUAGAGAAUGGAGCUCCUGCUUCAAAACUCAAUGUGGGUGUAGCUUUCACCGGACGCAGCUUCCAAAUAAAGCCUUUAGAACAUUUAGAGACUAAAACUGUUGCCAUUGGUCCUGGUAUAUCAGGCCUCUAUACCCGAGAGAAGAACUACAUGUCCUACCAUGAGCUGUGCAAAAUACAAAAGAGACUCAAAAGAUUGCAGCCCAAGGCCUUGGGAUUUGAUACGAUUGAUGGUGCAUCUUUUAUGCAAUUUCGUGACUAUUGGUGGAGUUAUGAGAAUGCCCAAAGUCUAGAACUAAAGCUGGACUAUUUGUUGGAACAUCAAUUGGGUGGCAUUAUGAUAUGGUCCUUGGGCAAUGAUGACUUCAAUGGCCGAUGUGGACCUAAUUUUCCUUUGUUACAAUUCAUUGUUAGAAAAUUAGAUGAUCGAUAUGAAUGUUUAAGGGGACGUUGUUGUAUAAUCACAAAGAACCUAGUGCAACUUUGUUUUGAGGCAUAUUAGAAGAUUUAAGGAAUGAAUAAAAGUGUAAUACAUAGUAGA